GAAAAAAAGUUCCACCGCAAUUCGAUGUUCGUCAACCACUGAGCGGCAUCGCCAUUGUAAAAAGGGAUCACCUUUUUUUUUGCCAGAGAAAAACAAUCCAACAUAUUGAUUUGGGACUUCGAUGUAGCCCUGCCCAAACCGCCAAGAUGUUGUACGAAAUGAUAGCAAUUAUCCGCCCGGGGAAAAUCCACGAGGUGAAGGAAAUCAUGCAGACAGCCGGCUCGACGAUUCUCCGCAGCGGCGGCGUGAUCCGCGACAUGGCCAACUGGGGCGUCUUCAUGCUCCCGCGGGCGACGACGUACGCGCAGGCACGCUACAAGAAGGGCCACUACGUGGUGAUGCGGUACGACGCGGGCGUCAAGGCCCAGGAGACGGUCAGCAUGGCGCUCCGGCUCGAGCCCAGGGUCAUCCGCGCCACGUCGGUCAAGCUGGGAGGCGGGAAGCUCGAGAGGAUGGCUAAGCUGAACAAGGUGCCGUGGAACACGCUGAUAUCACAGCAGGAGCAAGAGGGUAUCCUGUCGGGCAAGGUUUGAAGAGAUGGUGGCUGAGGGAGUGAUGUAGAGUGGUUGUUGAGGAGAAACUUGGAUGUACGAUACGGAUGUCUGUAUCAACAAUGAUAAACGACAAAGAAACAACAUGAAGAUGAAUUUGAUGAUGUGGCCAGCAGGUAUGGAAAUGCAGGGUGCAGUGCGUCGAGCCCGA